AUGUGGUGGCUUGUUGCCAUUGCUUGCCUAAUACAAGCAACUGGAGGCUCAGAUGAACUGAGUAGGAGGAGAAGAGAUGCAAAUCCUGAAGUUCACAUGAAUGUCAGUGAGCUGAUCUGUUACAAAGGAUACCCCAGUGAAAAGUACGAAGUCUUAACAGAUGAUGGCUAUUAUUUGACAAUAAACAGAAUACCCUUUGGAAGAAAAAAUCUUACAGUCAGAGGUCCCAAGCCUGUUGUGUUACUGCAACAUGGACUACUUGGAGAAUCUAGCUUCUGGGUCGAAAAUAUGGCCAACAACAGCAUCGGAUUCAUAUUAGCAGAUGCCGGCUAUGAUGUUUGGCUGGGGAACAGCAGAGGAACGAGCUGGUCUCAGAGAAACGAGCAUUUUUCAGCUGACCAAGAUGAAUUUUGGGAUUUCAGUUUCCAUGAAAUGGCCAUCUAUGAUCUUCCAGCAAUGAUCAACUUCAUUCUGAAGAAAACUGGGCAGAAGCAACUGUAUUACGUAGGCCACUCUCAAGGCGCUACCAUUGGUUUCAUCGCAUUUUCAGUCAUACCAGAACUGUCUCAGAAAGUCAACAUGUUUUUUGCCCUGGCUCCUUCGAUCUCUCUUCAGUAUUCAACAUGCCCCUUUUUUAAACUGAGCACCAUAUUUCCUGAAUACUCAUCCAAGAGCACGCUUGUCAGAGGAGAAUUUGUGUUGUCUCGCAAGCCUGCGAGAGACUUUAUGCAGAAAUUAUGCCGCGCAUCUUUUAUGCAGAAAUUAUGUGUGCGUCUCAUUUUCACUCUUUCGGGUGGAUUCAACGCAACAAAUCUAAAUAUGAGCCGUGCAGAUGUGUAUACAGCUCAUUUUCCAGAUUCAACAUCAUCUAAAACCUUACUACACUGGAAACAGAUAAAAGAUUCAGGGUUAUUCAGAUAUUUUGACUACGGGAAUGAGAAUGAGGCAAGAUAUAACCAGAGUGUUCCACCUUUGUAUAAAAUAGAAGACAUGAGUGUACCAACUGCAGUGUGGUCUGCUGGAAAUGACUUGAUUGCAAGCCCAGGAAAUAUAGCCGUCCUACUUCCUCGCAUCUCUAACCUAGUUUACUACGAAAAUAUUUCAUACUGGAACCACUGGGAUUUCAUCUGUGGCCUCGAUGCCCCCAAACUGUUGUAUUGCAAAAUCAUAGAGUGGAUGGGGAAGUCUCUGUAAAUCGAUAUUUUGCUAUAAAAGAUUUAAUUCACUAUCUUUUAUUAACCAGUCUUUAUUUUACACCUGUCACAACAAACCCUGUGCCCUGCUAAUGUGGAGAGCCCUUCUAGGCCACUGAAACCCAGAGUUUGCUUUAGUUGGAAAACAAUGUGGCUUGAAACGGUGCAAUGGAGUACUUAACAAACAGCAACAGAAUACUAGCUCCGCCCAAUGUAUGAUGGAGAACAGCAACAACUGACAAAGGAUAGACAUAAUAGAGUACAAGGACAGAAUAAUAGUGUAUGGGAAACAAUCUGGAAGAUAUUGUCACAAGGAGAUAGAGUGGCAUGUCUUGGAGUUCUCCCCAUAUCUGAGCAGCGCCCCAAAAUUAGCUUCUGUGUGGAUGUUUCUUUAAGGAAAGAGAGCUUGGAUGUUU